AUGGAGCCAGUUGAAGUCAGUGAACCCGGCAUUUCGCGGAAGUUAGAGAAUGUGGAGGAGAUAAUGAUUAAGUGCCAGUGUUGGGUGCAGAAGGAUGAUGAAGAGCGAUUAGCAGAGAUUUUAUCCAUCAAUACAAGACGUUCACCACCUAAAUUUUAUGUGCAUUAUGUGAAUUUUAAUAAACGUUUGGAUGAAUGGAUUGAUACUGAUCGAAUAAACUUGGAUAAGGAUGUUAUAUUUCCUAAACCUGUAGAUCCAGAUGAGGACAAGCUGCAACAAAAGAAUAAGAAGAAAAAGAAGACACCCUCCGCGGAUUUACCAUCCACUAAUGUAGAAAGUGGAAGGGGAAAGUCUGAAACUCCUGAGAAUACAGAUGUUAUGGAUCUUGACAAUUUAAAUGUGCAAGGUUUAAAGAAUGAGGAUAUCUCACAGGAAGAUGAGAUCAAGAAAUUGAGGACGUCUGGGUCCAUGACUCAAAACCCACAUGAAGUGGCCCGUGUGAGGAAUUUAAACAAGGUUAUUAUGGGGAAGCAUGUGAUUGAGCCUUGGUAUUUCUCUCCAUAUCCUAUUGAAUUGACGGAUAAGGACGUUGUUUAUAUUGAUGAUUUUACAUUACAAUAUUUCGGUUCUAAGAAACAAUACGAACGUUAUCGUGAGAAAUGUACUCUUCGACAUCCACCGGGAAAUGAAAUAUAUCGAGAUGAUUAUGUAUCGUUUUUUGAGAUCGAUGGGAGGAAACAGCGAACGUGGUGCAGAAAUUUAUGUUUGUUAUCCAAGUUAUUUCUGGAUCAUAAGACAUUAUAUUACGACGUGGAUCCAUUUUUAUUUUAUUGUAUGACUAGACGGGAUGAGUUGGGACACCACCUUGUCGGGUACUUUUCCAAGGAGAAGGAAUCUGCUGAUGGGUAUAACGUUGCCUGUAUCUUGACGUUACCACAAUAUCAAAGAAUGGGGUAUGGUCGUCUUCUCAUUGAAUUCUCGUACGAAUUAUCCAAGAAGGAGAAUAAAGUGGGGUCACCUGAGAAGCCAUUAUCUGAUUUAGGUUUGUUGUCAUAUAGAGCAUAUUGGGCAGAUGUAUUGAUCAGUUUGUUGGCGGAACAUGGACAAGAAGUUACCAUUGAAGAGAUUAGUUCCAUAACAUCGAUGACUACGACAGAUAUUUUACAUACAGCGAAGACUUUGAAUAUCUUAAGGUAUUAUAAGGCACAACAUAUCUUAUAUCUGAAUGAAGACAUUUGCAAUCGGUAUGAUCAGUUACAGAAGAAGAAACGUAGGAGGAUUGAUCCCAGUAAGCUUGUUUGGAAACCUCCAGUGUUUACGGCGUCACAAUUACGUUUUGCAUGGUGA